AUGAAACCGACCUUAGCUGAUGUGGUCAAAGGAAACAGAGCUUUACAGCAGGGAAUGAAAUUGGACUAUUAUGCACCAGUAAUGAAGGAAGCAACGAAGAUCGUGAGGUUGAAUAGAGCGGAAGUUGCAGAGCAAACACAAAAAUGGAAGGAGACGGUUAUUGGAUAUGUAUUGGGUGAAAAUCCUUCUUUCAAAGAGAUGUUAAAGUUUGUGUAUGAAGUGUGGAAUUUCAUUAAUGCACCUCAAGUGUUUCUGCAUGAUGAUGGCUAUUUCAUAUUUAGAUUUAAUUCUGAUGAUGAUAAGAAUAGUCUCAUUCAACAAGGGCCUUAUACAUUCCAUAAUCGACUUUUGAUUCUGAAGCAAUGGGAGCCGAAUUUUCAGAUGAAUAAGGAAUUGACUAGAAAAAUACCUAUUUGGGUGAUUUUCCCAGGAUUGCCUAUACAAUACUGGACUCAGGAAAAUUUGGGGAGAAUAGCCAGCUAUCUAGGGAAACCUAUAUGCUCAGAUAGACUGACAGCUGAAGGGGAGAGGAUAUCCUAUGCACGCAUGCUGGUGGAGAUGGAUGUCUCACAAGAACUUCCAGAUGAUAUGCUAAUUGAAGAAGAAAAAGGACAGUAUAGAGUGCAAACACUGGAGUAUGAAUGGAAGCCUGUAUUCUGUGAAAAAUGCUGCCAAAUAAGUACUCUUGAAGAGAAUUGUGAGAAAGCAGUGAAGAAGAAGGCCAGUGAGUGGAGGGCAAAAACUAUUACUGAACAAGUAAUAGAGAAGAAGGGACAACGUAAUGUACAAGAGGAAAACCAGCCGAGUAAGAAACAAGGAAUGCAAAAAGAGCAGAAUAUGAUAACAACACCAGGACAACAAGACAAAAGGGAACCUGAGCAGGAAAUGGAUAUGCAGACAUUUAAGACAGCCAGAGGGAAAUAG